UGCUUGCAUCGCAUUCGUCUCUGUGUCGUGAAGUUGGGUGUAACGCCAAGUCGUCGGCGAAUUAAAUCCGCCGAAUUCAUCGAAUUAUAUCUUCAAAAACAGACAAAUUUUCCGCCUGAAAAAUGACCUGGGGCUUUGUCACUUGCGGACCCAACGAGGCGUUGGUUAUCUCAGGAUGCUGCUACAGUAAACCUUUGCUAGUUCCUGGUGGUAGAGCAUUUAUUUGGCCAUCAAUACAGAGGAUACAGAGAAUAUCCCUUAACACAAUGACUCUCCAAGUGGACAGCCCCACUGUGUACACUAGCCAAGGAGUGCCAAUAUCUGUAACUGGAAUAGCGCAAGUAAAAAUUCAAGGCCAAAAUGAGGAAAUGCUCUUAGCAGCUUGCGAGCAGUUUCUCGACAAAAAUGAAAGCGAAAUUCAGCAUAUUGCUUUAGUAACAUUGGAAGGUCACCAGAGGGCCAUAAUGGGCUCCAUGACUGUAGAAGAGAUCUACAAGGACCGCAAAAAGUUUAGCAAGCAAGUUUUUGAGGUCGCUUCUUCGGAUCUAGUCAACAUGGGCAUCACAGUUGUUUCUUACACUUUGAAGGACAUCAGGGAUGAGGAGGGAUACCUCAAAAGCCUCGGCAUGGCGAGGACGGCCGAGGUGAAACGAGACGCGCGCAUCGGCGAAGCGGAAGCCAGAUGCGACGCGCAAAUCAAGGAGGCCAUCGCCGAGGAGCAGCGCAUGGCCUCCGUGUUCCUGAACGACACGGAGAUCGCCAAGGCGCGCCGCGAUUUCGAGCUAAAAAAAGCCGCCUACGACGUCGAGGUGCAGACGAAGAGCGCCGAGGCGGAGAUGGCGUACGAGCUGCAGGCGGCGAAGACGAAGCAGCGCAUCAAGGAGGAGCAGAUGCAGAUCCAGGUGGUGGAGCGCACGCAGCAGAUCGCCGUGCAGGACCAGGAGAUCUCGAGGCGCGAGAGGGAACUCGAGGCCACGAUCAGGCGGCCGGCCGAGGCCGAGAAGUACAGGCUGGAGAAGAUCGCCGAGGCCAACAACAAGAGGAUUUUGCUGGAGGCCGAGGCUGAGGCCGAGGCGUUGAGGCUGAAGGGCGAGGCCGAGGCGUUCGCUAUUGAGGCUAAGGCUAAAGCCGAAGCCGAGCAGAUGGCCAAGAAGGCCGAGGCUUGGAAGGAGUACAAGGACGCCGCCAUGAUCGAUAUGUUCUUGGAUGUGUUGCCUAAGGUGGCGGCCGAGGUGGCAGCUCCUCUUUCGCAAGCCAAGAAGAUCACGAUGGUUUCUACCGGUUCCGGCGAGGUGGGGGCGGCAAAAUUGACCGGCGAGGUUUUGGAUAUCGUCAAUAGGGUGCCGGCUCUCGUCAAAACGAUGACCGGCGUGGACAUAUCCAAAGUAAGUCUUAACCGGCAAUCCAGCAAGCUAACCGCUUAGUAAGAGUAGUUGCGGUAGAUGGCGCGCAACAAUUUUUUUACGUUUACGUUUUCUAGUCCGUGCACGCAGCAUAGAGCGAGGGAAGUUGGGCCGAAAAUUUGUACUGCACAUACAUUUGAGCCUUACAGCCAUGCCUAGCAAAGUGUCGACUGUAUUUUACUAAACUAACGCGUUCAAGGUCCAAAUAUUCUUAUUAGAUACUACUUACUCGUUUUAUCUACUUAUAUGAAAAUUAUAAUCUCAAUUUUAGAUCUAAAUGUUGGUUUCUUAUGAUAUUGACUUCAAAUAUAAGCCUUACCCAAAUGUAAAUGUCUAUUUUUAAACAUAAUUAUGUACCGUAUUUUGUAUGAUACGCUAUGUUGUCUUCUUCAUUUUUAUUUUUGUUGAUUACCUGUGUUUUUGUUUUUAUUAUAAAAAGUAUUUUAUAUAAAUAAAAAUUAUAUUUAA